UGCAGCGUGGGACCACCCCAGAAAGUUUGUAAAGAAAGAAAGUUUGAACAGCUAGUCAGCUGCUGCUCGGUGUCAGACGGGGACGGUAGCCGUAAAGAUAGCUUCGUUUCCUCUGUUACUGCUCAACAUGUUUAAAGUUGUCUCCCGUCUGAGUGGCCGCUGUGCAGCUGUAACAGGACAGUCCUGCUCUCGGCCUCGUUUGUCCAAAAUACACUUGGCAAGUGGUGCAUUAUGUCAGAAAACAGCCUUCGCAUUUCAUUCCACAGAAGUCCCAGACAUGCCCCCGUGCAAUUUCAAACCAGAGGAAUACAAGGGUAUGUCCAAAGAGCGGAUGUUGGAGAUCCGCAGACAAAAUUGCAACCCCAUGACCAUGAGGGUCACCUACUAUAAGAAACCAGUGUUCAUCCACCAGGGACACAUGCAGUGGCUGUGGGAUGUAGACGGGAGACGAUAUCUGGAUCUCUUUGCUGGUGUGGCUACUGUCAGUGUGGGCCACUGCCACCCGAAAGUUACAGCAGCAGCAGAGCAUCAGCUGAAGAGACUGUGGCAUACCACAAACAUUUACGUCUAUCCCCCUCUGCAUGAGUAUUGUGAGAAACUAGCCUCCUACCUCCCAGAUCCACUUAAGGUGAUAUAUCUGACCAACAGCGGCUCAGAAGCCAAUGACCUGGCUAUGUUGAUGGCUCGACUUCACACUGGCAACUUUGACAUCAUCACUUUCAGAGGAUCAUACCAUGGUGGUAGCCCACAGACCAUGGGUCUUACUUCUAACGCAGCAUAUAAAUACCCCAUUGCCAAUGGUUUAGGCUGCACAAAUACCAUGUGUCCUGAUGUGUUCAGAGGUCCGUGGGGAGGAAACCACUGCAGGGACUCUCCUGUGCAGACCAUCAGAGAAUGUAGCUGUGCCCAAGGUCACUGCAUGGCAAAUGAGCAAUACAUCGGACAGCUCAAAGAGACAUUAGCUACAAGUGUCCCAAAUCAAAUUGCUGCUUUCUUUGGAGAGCCGAUUCAGGGAGUUGGAGGAGCUGUGCAGUACCCUAAAAACUUCCUCAAGGAGGCUUACAAACUUGUGAGAGAGAGAGGAGGGGUCUGCAUUGCUGAUGAGGUCCAGACUGGAUUUGGGCGAACAGGAAGCCACUUCUGGGGUUUCCAAGGUCAUGACGUUAUUCCUGAUAUGGUUACAAUGGCAAAGGGCAUUGGUAAUGGAUUUCCAAUGGGAGCUGUUGUCACAACACCAGAAAUUGCAGCCUCGUUUACCAAAGGGGUUCACUUUAACACCUUUGGAGGAAAUCCUGUGGCUUGUGCGAUUGCUUCAUCAGUGCUUGAUACUAUCAAAGAAGACGGCUUGCAGCAGAACAGUCUUAAUGUGGGCACAUAUCUGAUGAAAGAACUGGCAAAACUCAGAGACAAGUAUGAGAUUAUCGGUGAUGUCCGUGGAAAAGGCCUGCAGAUUGGAGUGGAAAUGGUCAAAGACAAGGCCAGCAGGGACCCGCUGUCUCCUGAGGCGAUGAAUGAGAUCUUUGAGGACGUCAAAGACAUGGGAGUCCUGAUAGGGAAAGGAGGACUUUACGGACAGACCUUCCGCAUCAAACCGCCCAUGUGCAUCACGAUGGAAGAUGCAGAUUUCUUUCUGGCAGUUUUUAACAAGUCCAUUCACGACUACAUGGCAAAAAGAUGAGAGUCAGCUGGACUCAUCAUUGUCAAAGACCAAAAGUGGAAACCUGCUCUGCAGUGGAAUACACUUUUUGGAAAUCUUUUAAAAUGGUAAAAAUGUCAGUAUUUGUCAGCAUGUUGACCUUCUGGGCCUUUACAUAGCAAUUGUAAAAAGGUAUUUUUGAAAUUAUGUUUUAACAUGUUGUAAUUAGUGUAAUUAUUAAUGAUUUACCACAUUUUAAUAAACUACC